AUGGACAUCAAGGAAAAGGACCACAACUUCCGAGCGUCGCCACGUGCGGAUUCUUUCAUUGCCGUUUCUGACGACUCGAUGGACGCCGAUGACGUGCAGUCGCCAGCGCCCGUGGAAGACGAGGCCGUCAUCAAAUGCGUCUGCGGCUUCGGAAAGGGCUAUGACGAUGACGACGCCAUCAUAUGUGAUAAUUGCCGGACCUGGCAGCAUACCUUGUGCUAUUUCUACCAGAGACCGCUGCCAUCAGACGACGAGCAGUAUCUGUGCCUGGAUUGCGGAGGAGCACGUGAUGACCUCGACAUAAAUGCCGCAGCAGUGAGGAUGCGUCGGAAGAUCCGAACGCUUGCCACCAUCGCGGAUCGCAUCUCAGAGCUCUCGUGCGAGAUCGUAGCGCGCAACGAGGAGCUGGACAAGCUGGGCUGCGAACUGUCCUGCGUGGAGAGCGACAUUUACCUUAAGGGUCCGUUGCUAGCUGAGCACGGCACAGCCGCUUCAUGGGCUGUGCUAGAUGAGUGGCACGAGGAGUAUUCGCUUCUUCGAUAUGAGAUCGACAAAACCAUCGCCGAGAGAGACGCAAUUCGCGCACGCGUUGAUGAGCUGGAAGACGACGCGAAUCGCGUGAAACGAAACGAGCCGACCAAAGCGGAGGAGUUGAAGUCAAGGUUGGAUGAUGAGGCGGCAGGACCAAAGCUGUGGACCACUGCGUGCUCGCUGGGCAAUCGGGCGGCGGUUCCGCACUCGCUGCCACCGAUCCUGGAGCGAGCUCUAGGAAGGAGUACAAAGAAGAAGCGGAAAGCUGGUCGAUUACGCUAA